CCUACAGCUAGCUUGACAAGGUCGUUCUUGCUAUUCGAUGAAUAUGUGGGUGGACCGUCUUAUGUCAGCUGAUUAAAAUUCUAGCGUCAGCCAUACACAACCUAAUUUCUGAUUUCACCGGGUCAAACGGUUUUUGUAGUCAAGAGAAAAUAAGUGUUCCGGUAUCAUGCUUAUGAACCUCAUCUCCUUGCUGAUAUGUUUUAUGUUUGUCGCGGGGGAAAUCAUGACGGAUGUCAUCUUGCCGUCUAAAUGUGAAGUUUGCAAGCUUCUUGUAACAGAAAUCCUAUCUCGUCUGCAAGAGACAAAGUCAAGUGAUGCUCUGAACUUAGGUUCUGUCCAUGGGAAUUCAAAGAAGGUUAAAUAUAAAACAUCAGAACUUAGACUUUACGAGGUUCUGGAAGACCCUCCUAUUUGCAACAGGUUACUUCAGUACAAAGUCCAUAAAGAGCGACCAGACAGUACCAGAUUCGAUAAAGGUAUACCGCAGACAAUGAAGUCCCUCACAGAACUGGUAAACCGUGGUGUCGACGUGAAAUUAGAUGUCCCCUUUGAACUAUGGGACAAACCGCCAGCGGAGGUCACAACUUUAUUCAAGGAGUGUAUCCCACUUGUUAAUGAAUUUCAAGACACUAUAGAGGAAUGGUUUUACAACAAUCAAGAUAUAAAUCUUUAUGAUUACCUUUGUCGUGAAAAUGUUCUAGACAAAUCUUCUCAAGGUUGUUUGGAUGAAAAAUCUCCUGAUCAGCUAAAAGAAAAUUCGCCAGAGUUACAUCGAUCGGAAGAGCUAUGA